AUGCAAGAAGUGAUACCACUUUAUUGUACUUGGGAUAGCAAGCAUAACUACAUGCGUAUUUUGAUGGAGAGCUCUUGGCAAUCGUCGGAAGUACUCUUCCAUACAAUGCAGAGUAUGGCCGCCGCUUGCUUGAUGAAAAGCUUCCCUGAACUCGGCUGUGUCGCUGUAAGGGAGAGGAAUCUUGCUCUUCAAGGCUUCGAUAACGGGUAUACAUCUUCUGUUUGGCACCAACAAGACAUCAAUCUCAUGUCUGGAUUAUUGCUGGGACACACUGCAAGCUGGCAUGACCCUUCAGACCUGGAAUUGGAGAAGUUCACAAUCACGCAAGACACACUCCGAAACUGGGUGCCAGAUUCCAAGACGGCUACUACGUUCCGUUUCUUCAAAUCUGCAGUCGAGUACUGGGAGUUGCUUCUAUCAUUUUUCAUUGAAACCUGCUCAACUACAGUUGAUUCACCUGGCUUCAUAGGCCCUCCACAACCGUGUGGGAAUUUACCCCACCCCUUCACAGGCAUAUCCGAUGAUACGAUGAGUUUGUUAGCCCGCGUGGGAAGACUGAUUCAUGACCACCGGAGGAAACAAGCUUCAAACAGGUUUAUCUCAGAAGAACUUCUCGACUCUUUCAGAAAGGAUAUCCGACAGGCUCGGCAAGUCGAACGGAGACUGCUAGCUUACAAGAGACCCAAAAUUUCCGAAAUGGUCGAUCCGGAAGAUCCGCGAACUACUCUGACUCAUCUGUCCAAGUUAGACGAAGCCUAUAUCUGUUCAGGACUGCUGCAAUUAUAUCGCGUCUUUCCAGACUUGUUGUCUGACAGAUAUAACCCAUGGAAUGCUGUUGACCUCUACGACGCUCCACCACCCUGCAAGAGGCCAACAGAAACAGAGAGAAACGCAUGGCUGACGAGCUUGGCCAUGUAUACACUUGAUCUGCUCCGAGACAUUCCGUUCGAGUCUCGAACUCGAUGUGUUCAGCCUUUCAUCUUCGUAGCUGUUGCCGGCGAACUUCGCGUUGGCACUCAAGCAGUCCUUUCGAUGGACGCUGAUAACGAGGAAGCUCGAUUGCAUGGCAAUGACGCAAUAAGAAUAGCAACCGCGCGAAACUUCAUUACAGCAAGGCUUUCAGCGUACCGUGAUGUCCUGCCUUUGCGAAAGGUGAUGAACAUCUCGGAGUUGGUAUAUCACACUUGGGCAGCGCUAGAUUCGGGGAAGAAGAAUGUGUAUUGGUUGGACGUUUGCGUGGAGAAAAGACUGAGCACCCUCUUUGGAUAG